UCUAAAAAAUGUUGUAUAACUCAUAUCUGGCCAUCUGGGAAGCUUCCAUGGAAAAGAAUUAAAGCUGGGAAACUCAGCAUCUGAAAGUACAAUGGUGCUGUAAAUAAGAGAUGAGGAUCUUCCGCCUAUGCCGCUGCUGCUUUCCAUUAUUGAUUGGGUGGUCAAGGUGAUAUACACAAUGCAAAGAAGCUUUGAUUGUCUUCUGACAUGUUGGGACAUGAAGUCGCCGCUGCCACCUAUCACCGGCCGCCACUGCCAGUUGCCGGUCACCUGUUGCCGGUCUAUGUGGACUGUUCGUCAGCUUGAAUCAACAAUGAAGUCCAGCGUUCAGCUUGAAUCGGUAGUUUUCCACCUAACUCCAACUCGAACAAGAUGUGAUUUGAUUAUCAUAGCUAAUGGUAAGAAAGAGAAAAUUGCUUCCGGCCUGUUACAUCCUUUUCUUGCUCACCUGAAGUCUGCUCAGGAUCAAAUUGCAAAGGGUGGUUACUCAAUUUUUCUUGAACCACAUUCUGAGAGUACUAUUUCAUGGUUUACAAAAGGAACUGUGGAAAGGUUUGUUCGUUUUGUGAGCACCCCAGAUAUCCUAGAAAGAGCAAACAUCAUAGAAUCUGAGAUCAUACAGAUUGAGGAAACUAUUGCCAUACAAGGGAAAAAUCACAUUCAACAUGGCCUUGAAAGCAUUCCAUGUCAGGCUGCUUCCUCGUGUCCAGGUAACAAAUCCAAGGCAGUUGUUAAUGAUGAUAAAGCUGUUGUCCUUUACAAGCCUGAGGAGCAUCAACCUGAAACAACCGGUUCAUUUUCACCAGAUGGGAAUUCCAGAGAACAAGUGCUGAAAAUCUUAGAGGCUCGUAAAUCAGCACUUGAAAAAGAACAGUGUAUGGCCUUCGCGCGUGCUAUAGCUGCUGGUUUUCAUGUUGACGACAUGCCUCUCUUGCUUUCCUUCGGAAAAUGCUUUGGAGCUUCACGUUUGAGGGAGGCCUGCUUAAGAUUCAUGGAACUCUGGAAGAAAAAAUCUGAGUUUGGAAAGCGACUUGAAAUUGGAGCAGUAGAAGCAGUGGACAACAGCCUAAGAUAUUUAUCUGAUAUGAAUCCACCUGGUAUUAUGUUUUCUAAUGUCUCUCAUUCCAACAUCGAGAUGGCUUCAGAGAGUAAUGAGAAGCUAAUCACAGAGUGUACUGCAGGUGAAAUGCCUCAUAUGGAUCAUCAUGUGCGAAAGGGCCAGCAAGAAAACCUUCAAGGCCAGUUUUCUUCCUGGUCAAUGAAAUCCCCUGUUCCUGCCCAACCUCUUUUGCAACCAUACCAUGUCCAAGAAGUGCCAUACUAUUCCACGUAUUCACAAAAUAACCAUUUUUAUCCACCUUACAGUGUGGAGGACCCUCAAAUGGGUGUCAUGCAGAGAUUUAGACAAAAAAGACAAUCAGCCUAUGAGAAAAAUAGCCAAACUGCAAGCUUUCUGGAUAACUCAGUGUGGGAUUAUGAAAAUCCACAGUAUCAAAAGCAGAUGAAGAUAGAAGGAUGGUCCAAAAAUGGGCAGCCGAGAAAGAUCGUCACUCAGAAUAUUGGUUACAUCUCAAAAACAAAUAGCUUCACCAGUAAGAAUUCUGAAUCAGCUUCUGAAGCUGAAAGCAAUGUAGACACUGGGGAUCUUCUUGACAGCUAUCUCCAGCUGCAAAAUGAUGUUUCUCUGUCAUCUAAAGCAAAAGGCAGCAAUCCAAAUUUAUAUGAUAAUCAUGGGAAAGUUAAUAAAGUUGAAAUUGAUGGUGGGCACUGGCUAGCAUUUCAAAACAUAUUAUUUGGAGAAUCCCAUGAAGAUAAUUGCUCUGAAAAAGAUCACAUCUUUGUAAUGGAAAAAGGGCUAAGGAGACAGAACAGUCCUACUGGUGAAUAUCAUACUGCUCUUGUUGAUGAUAAUAGGGAGAGUGACAUCCAUGGAAUCAGUAUAGACCUGCCUUUCUGCAUUCCCAGCAUAUCGAGUGAUAAAGAUUUACAUUCUCACAGGAACUGGAGCAACGAUAUGGGGCCCAAUGACCAAUUGGACCUUUAUUAUGCUGAGACAAAUGGAAAAAAGUCAAUAAAUACACUCCCUGAAAAUGAACAUCGGGCUGUGACUAAUAAACUUGUGAAAACUUCCUCACAAAAUAUGGUUGAUGAAUCUUUUGUGGUAGUACCUAUUAGGUCAAUGCUUUUCAAUGACACUGUACCAAAAUAUAUAACUACCUUUGAUAUGGACUAUGAGCUUCCUACAACUACUAGAAACACAGAAAACAACUCAAAUGGAGUUAAAAUCCAAACUGUUCAUGAGCCUAGUGAUCUCAGCCUGAUGCCUAAACGUGAGAUGGAAACAAGCUCUAGCGGUUACAAUGCCACUGUAGACUAUGAAAUGCAAGCUCAUUUUGAAGAUGGUGCUUCAUGGGAAGAAUGGAAGAAAGAAAAGAAGGAAGCAUCCACCAUAAUGAAAGAAAUGCAUAAGAAAUUGGAGAAAGACCAGAGGGCAAAAGCUGAUUUAGAUAGCAAAAAGACUCUAGGAGCGAUAAGAAGAGGAAAGGUAGCAAAGACAAGUCAUGUAAAUGGUGCACAAGUGCAUGUCGAGAGCUUAAGAUCCUUCAAAGCUGAUAUUGAGAAGAUGAAAAAGGAAAAGGAAGAGGCAGAUAUUAAACGUGUAGAAGCUUUAAAAUCGGUAAGGCAAAAGAGAAUUGCAGCAAGAGGCACCUUGAAUUCUAGUCAUUCAGUGGCACCCCAAUCACAAAACAGAAGGGUUCCAACAAAAGUAUCCCCCACCCCUGUCAGAUGGUCAAAGUUCAGUGAUUCAGAACCUGGAUCAUCAUCACCGUUACAGAGAUCCAAAUUAAGAACUCCACUUAUAUCAACUAAUUCACCCGAGGAUUCAAAGUCGCAUAAAUUGAGUGAAGGGCUAUUGAGAAAUAAUCUGUUAAAAAAAUCAGCACCAUCAUGGGCUGAUCCCACCAAAGAAAGCAAUAUUAGUGCGACACCUAAUUCAAAAGCAUCCAUGGCAAGGCUUAGAAGGUUAUCUGAGCCUAAAAUUGUGAACUGGCCUGUUGCAUCAGUCAAGGCACAUAGUCCUGGGACAGUGUCAAAGGCGAAGAUUCAUAGUUCUGAAACAGUGAUGAAACCAAAUAAAUCUGGACAACCUGAAAACAGAAAAAUAUCAGUAAUCGUGGACCUUGAUACAAGGAAGGGUGCAACUCUUCCUGAACUGAGAGAUCUGAAAGGGCUUUCAGAAAAUGUGAAUGAUUCCAGACCUCCAUUAAAUUCUGAGAAUGUGAAAUCAUUCACUGAUGAUGAAAAUUUUUCACGUGACUCUGACGGAGAUGAAAAUAUUGUGGAGAAGAAUGUUGUAAUGCUUGAGUAUGAUAGUUCGUCCUUACCUGUUGCCCCAUCUGAAGAAAAUAUUGGAGUAUGUGACCAGCAGUAUGACAGUCAUGGCAUACGGGAGAAAAGCUCACUAACAUGUGAACAUGCUUCCAUAGAUGCACCUCCUUCACCCUUUGUGGGAUUUGUUAGGAAUCCUAUCCUUGGCUUGUCUAAGGGGCAACCUAAUUCACCUGAGGUAUUGCCGGUUGGAACAAGUUAUGCAUAUGAGACAUCCAAAUUUGCAAAUACUGACCCUGGUGGAAAACCUUAUGAAGCUUCUCAGGCUCAUAUCACCUCUUUAGAAGAACCUUGUACUGUAAACUUACAGUAUCACAAAGCACCACUAGCAAUCAAAGACUUGGGAUCGGAAGAGCCAGUUAAAGCACACGUCGAAGAUGUUACAGCGGUUGGAGAGUAUGAACUUCGAGAUUCUUCUGCAAAGGUUCAAGUUAAGGAGUCACUAAGAGGCAUCCGGCGGCUCUGGAAGUUUGGUAAGAAGAAUCAAUCUGGCAGUGAAUGUGAUAAAACUCUUGAACCAGACCAAAAAAGUUUUCAUGGGCUAAAGCAGGAUGUUCAUGCAGCAUGUACUACUUCAUUAAGUGAAGACCAUAUCUCCCUCUAGCACGGAGAUGUACAAUUGAGGGCUAAAAGAAUUAAGAAGCAUGGUGGGUUUUAAAGGAUACUUUUCCAAGUGAACUCUACUUUUUCAACAAAGCAAAAAAUAAUGAAUGCAAACCAGAUGCGAUGGAACAGUUUAUACUUUGAAGAGUUUGAUGUCACAAGAUGAAACCUCAGCCAGUGAUAAUGAUGUUCAGAAGAGUGAGCACAAGUGCUGCACCUGCUUAUCAUGACAAGGAAAAGAAGCUGUUAUUCAAAAAAACUGACAUCAUAAAACAAUGGUUCACUCAAGUAAGUCAUUUUGUUAAUUGUAUGUUGUUGAGCUUAAUAAACUCCACUGCAGGUU